CCCCGUCCACCCCUCCUACAGUCGUCCUGUCCUGUUUCUUGCUGGCAUUGACUUGUCAAGCACUGAUCCUUAUUUAAACUAACCUGGACUGGAGACUUGACAAUAGUUUCCCAACCUGCCCAGUUCCGCCAUCGCUCGCCUCGUUCUCAGUGUGUGUGUUGUGUGUGCAAGACAAACAACCCUUCGCCACGCCUAGCCUCAACCCUUGAAUACAACCCUUUGUCUCGUCAGUAGCGUUACUUUUCGCCUUUAUCCAGUCGCCUAUUGUUGUCUGUAUCUCGGGAUUACGCCCUCCUCUUGCCUGUGCAUACUCAUCGGCCCAGCGGGGAACCUGCGUUCAGCUCUUCCACAGCCUGAAUUGGUGGAUUCCAGCACUACAACACACUACAACUUUCGCGCACAUUUAUCGCUACUACCAGAGUUUUUUGUGCAUUCAAGUCUGUUUGACAAGAUUGAAGAACAUUUAACUACUUAAGAUGGCUGCUCCUACACAACUUGCUUUCCGUACCGUUAAGGGAAUUGGCAUCUUGGAUGCGGAUCCUGUUUACGAGCCGUUGGCAGGAUUUGAGAGACCUGAAGGGAACCUCCGUUGCAGUGCUUAUUCUCCCUGCGGUCGAUACUUUGCUUGGGCAUCUCCGGAGAAGGUCACCAUUAUCGAUCCCUCUGUCGGACAUGUUGUUUCUACCAUCCCCGCCGAGAACGUCUUUGAGUUGGGAUUCUCGCCUCUCGGAACAUACCUGAUCACCUGGCAGCGUCCAUCGAAGGAUGAAAAUGGCGAUGCUGUCAGGAAUCUGAAAGUCUGGCAGGUGGUGGAAUCGCCAGACAGCAACGGGGCGGAUCGGAUUGUGGGCAGCUACGUCCAGAAGUCGCAGACUGGGUGGAAUCUGCAGUAUACCUCAGAUGAGCGCUACUGUGGCCGCGUCGUCACGAACGAAGUCCAGUUUUUCCAGAGCGAUAACCUGUCCAAGGUCUGGAAUAAGCUGCACGUGGAGGGGGUCGCUGAUUUUGCUCUCUCCCCCGGUCAGAAUCACUCGGUUGCUGUUUUCAUUCCUGAGCGCAAGGGACAACCCGCCGCAGUUAAGGUGUUUUUGGUGCCUCAGUUUGGAGCGGCUGUUUCUCAGAAGACUUUCUUCAAGGGUGACAAGGUCCAAUUGAAGUGGAACGCUUCAGGCACUACUCUGAUUGUUCUUGCCCAGACCGAUGUCGACAAGACUGGCAAGAGUUACUACGGAGAAACUACUUUGUACCUUCUUAGUACUAGUGGCGGAUUUGACUCUCGUGUGCAUCUAGACAAGGAGGGCCCGAUUCAUGACGUUACCUGGUCUCCCAAUUCCAAGGAGUUUGGUGUUGUGUAUGGCUAUAUGCCCGCAAAGACGACUAUUUUCAACGUCCGCGGUGUCACCAAGCACAGCUUCCCCGUCAGCCCAAGGAAUACCAUCCUGUUUUCUCCUCAUGGUCGCUUCGUCCUGGUGGCCGGCUUUGGAAACCUAGCGGGUCAGAUGGAUAUCUACGAUAUGGAGAAGAACUACAACAAGAUCACUACUGUGGAGGCAUCGAACUCGAGUGUGUGUGAAUGGUCCCCCGAUGGCCAGACCAUCUUGACGGCCACCACCAGCCCUCGGCUGAGAGUUGACAAUGGCCUCCGUCUGUGGCAUGUCAGUGGCGCCUUGAUGUACAACGAGGAGAUCAACGAGCUUUACGAAGUGUGCUGGCGCCCACAGUCGACUACCCAGCACCCCAUGGCCGAUCCGUUCAACCCCCUGCCUACUCCUCAUCCCUCCGCGCUGGCCUAUCUCAGCACGAAGAAAGCCCCAGUCAAGCCCGCUGGUGCCUACCGUCCUCCCGGUGCGCGUGGCCAGCUCACCCCCUUGGCUUUCCGCCGUGAAGACGAGGGUGGCGCUGCGUUCAUCCGUGAUGGAGCCCCAGCUGGAGGCGCCUUGAACGGAUUCGGUCGCUCCCGCAGACGUGAGGUCCCCGGUGCUGAGCCAGUUGAGGAAUAUCUUCCCCCCGGAGCCGCUCCUGGAGGAGGUGUCGCCUUGCCUCCUGGUGUGGAACAGCCCGAGAAGCUGUCCAAAUCGGCCGCUAGGAACAAGAAGAAGCGCGAGGCCCGGAAGCUUAAGGAUGGACAGGGGGAAGAGGGACCUACUAUUGACCGCAGCCCUGCCCGAGGAGAGAAAAACACCGAUAACGGCCGGCCCAAGGGCCACGGCGGCGAAGGCCACCAUCCCCGCAAGAACGGACACCACCAGCAGCAAUCCAAUGGUGCCGCAUCGACCAAGCAGAGUGCCCACGUCAGCGCUGCCAUCGAUGCGGGCGCUCCCACUGCGCAGGAAAAGAAGAUACGCGGACUUCUCAAGAAGAUCCGGGCGAUUGACGAGCUGAAAAUGCGCCUAGCCGGUGGUGAGAAGUUGGAGGAUACGCAGAUGAAGAAGAUCCAGACGGAAGAUGCUGUGCGCAAGGAACUGGACGGGUUGGGCUACGCUGGAUAAGAAACUCUUCUCUCUUUUUUUUUUCUUUUUUUUUUUUUUUUUUUUUUUUCUUCUU